ACCUGCUUACCCCUUUCGAUCAAACCCUAAGCACCCUUCACUCUCGUCUAGUCCUCUCCAAUCUUCAACGUUCGGCCCCUCCCCGCCGAUCGGACGACGCCGGCAACCGCCAUCACCCUCUCCGAUCAGACGACUUCGGCGACUGAAACUCCGAUCAGACCAGCGGCGCUCGCCCUCCGUUUUGGUUACUUGCUGUCUUGGUUUAAAGUCUUUCAGAUAUGGACGUCGAUCAUUAUGCUAUUCUUGGGUUACCUUCGGGUGAGCAAGGUGCCAAGCUGACAGAGAAAGAGAUAUCUAAAGCGUACAGAGCAAAGGCUUUAGAAUUGCACCCUGACAAGAGACCAGAUGAUCCAAAUGCCCAUGCCAAUUUCCAAACGCUGAAGUCAUCCUACGAGAUUCUAAAGGAUGAGAAGGCAAGGAAAUUAUUUGAUGAUCUUCUAAGAGUUAAGCGUGAGCAGCAUCGCCGCCAAUCUGAACGUGAUUCUAAACGCCAGAAAAUGAUGACGGACCUUGAAGCAAGAGAACGAUCUGCAUUUGCCCCCGACCCUGCUGCAAAAGAGCUAGAAGAGGAAGAAAAAAUUGCCAGAAAGCUAAAGGAAGAGAUUGCAAGAAUUCGAGCAAUGCACGCAAAGAAAGGAGCACCUACAACAUUUCCACCAAAGAAGGAGACUGGGGGAGUUGGAAAGAAGAGUGAUGGUGAUGCUGGACCUACAAUGGACAAAGAGAGGAUGCUUAAGGUUUCGUGGGAGAAGAUUGGUGAGGAUUACACUGCAGAGAAAUUAAGAGAGAUGUUUUCGAAGUUUGGUGAGGUUGAAGAUGUUGUUAUUAGGCAUAACAAGAAGAAAAGUUCCGCAGUAAUUGUAAUGUCGAGUAAAGAUGCUGCAGUUGCCUCUACUAGGGCUGUGCUUGGUGAUCUAUCUAACCCUUUGCUAGUUUUGCCUCUUCAACCGGUUUCUUCAGUUGAGAUGCCCAGUGCUGAGAGAUCACCGGAACAUAAUCGAUUGGAUAAUUUGGUAGGAGCUGGUUACCAAGCAUUUGAAGAUUCCAUUUUAAAGAAACUCCAAAAGGCUGGUGAGAAGCAAAAACAAUAAGUUAGCGCUACAAGGAUCAGUUGUACGUGUAGCACCAUAUGAAUUGAGAACACCCUUGUCAUGGAUGUUGAGGUGAAAGAAUAGUUUCUUGAUGCUACUUUUCGGUUUGAAUCAAUUUCUAUAUAGUUUGAGGAAUUAUCUUCCCAACUUGUCACUGUUUUAACUGCAGACCUUUGAGAGGUACCUUCAGUUGUGGUUUAUGCAUGAGAAUCAUGGUCAAGAUGAGAGCGAUACCAAGUAAAGUUUUCUCAUUAAUAAUCUGACUCUUGUUCAUAAUAGCAAUUCAAUUGAAUAAAUCUUGACAGAAAGAACUAACACUCAAGUUACGAGGAUCGUUUAUACUGCUGAAGUUUUGUUUGUAAGUGCUGUACUGUAUCUUAUUCCAUUACUCUAUUGAAGGUCGUUUAUAGGCUGAAUGAUUCAUACAAGUCAAAAGGUUUGAGUAGCUAGCUAGUUUUACUUCUUGUAGAAGUAAUCCUUAGUAGCAUUGUAUAAUUUCUCAUCUGUACUUGUAUCAUCGAACAUUUCUAACUCUUAACACUCUGUUCACUUGGUUUCCCCUCUAUUUAUUUUAUGGCAUUGUUGAGUUGAUAGCUA